GGGGCAUGCAUUGUCAUGGAAACGAGACCACCGCCUCGCCAUUGUGCGCCGCUCGGUCAACUUUAUUAUAAACCGGCAGCGAGCGGCGGCGCCGUCACACGCGGCGAGAGCCAGUGCGGACGUCGCAAGGAGAAGACGCUCAAAGGGCUUGGAUUCUAUUUGAAAAGAAAAUAAUAAUAAUAAUAAUAAUAAAGAGAAGAAGAAGAAGAAACGAGGAAAAACAACAUUUUAAAAAAGAAGAAAAGAAAGAAGUGACAUUUGCUGCGCGCUUUUGGGGGAGACGACGUGCGCGGAGAUACCGGAACGACUCUCGCACUGCAGCAAAACAACAAGAAAACACACCCCCCCCCCAAAAAAAAAAAUUAAAAAAAAAAAAGAGAGAGAGAAAGAAAGAAAAGACGAAGCAAGUGUCUCCACCCGAGACCCCCGGUGCCGCCACCGGCUGAGCUCCAUGUACAAAAUGGAUUACUCCUACCUCAACUCCUACGACUCGUGCAUGGCCGCCAUGGAAGCUUCGGCCUACGCGGACUUCAGCUCGUGCAGCCAGGCCGGCUCCUUCCAGUACAACCCGAUCCGCAGCGGGCCCUUCUCCAACCCGGCCUGCGCCCCGCUCAGCUCGGCCAGCUGCACGCUGGGGGCCCUGCGCGACCACCAGCCCACGCCCUACUCGUCAGUCCCUUACAAGUUCUUCUCGGACCCUUCGGGCCUGAACGAGAAACGCAAGCAGAGGCGCAUCCGGACCACCUUCACUAGCUCCCAGCUGAAGGAACUGGAGCGGGUCUUCGCCGAGACCCACUACCCGGACAUUUACACCCGGGAGGAGCUGGCUCUGAAGAUCGACCUGACGGAAGCCAGAGUCCAGGUUUGGUUUCAGAACCGGCGCGCCAAGUUCCGCAAGCAGGAGCGCGCCGCCAACGCCAAAGCCAACGGCUCCGGCACGGGGGGCACCGCCAGCGGCUCCGGCGCCGGAGGGAAGAAAGCCGGCGAGACCAGACCUUCGUCGGACGACGACGACUCCAAGGAGUCCACCUGCAGCCCCACGCCGGACAGCACGGCCUCGCUGCCGGGCUCGCAAAACGGGAACCUGGGCAGCCCGUCCAGCCUGAGCCCCAGCCCGGCCCCGGCCAACGGCGGCUACGUCAACGCCUCCGCCUCUCCGGUCCUGCAGGGGCUGAAGGCGGCCAGCUGGUCCGGCCUGGGGCCCAGCAACCCGGCCGUGGCCCAGCCAGACGCCCAGACUCAGGAGAUCCUGAAGGCCUGGCAGCCGGCGGACAGUAUGACGGGGCCUUUUGCCGGAGUCCUGUCCUCCUUCCACAGAAAACCCAACGCCGCCGUCAAGACGAACCUGUUCUGAAGGGAGCGCAGGUGGAACGAACGAAGAAAGAGAGAGAAACAAAAACUAGGCGCUAAUCUGACUCCCCUGAAAAUAUGCAGUCCGUCAUGUUCAGAGAACGAUCCAGUCUUUUCCACACAGACCUCGCGAGCACGGCGGUCCGCUUCCAGUCCAGAACUCCAUUCAGUUUCGAACUUCCUCACAAAACAGAGCUCCAGCACAAGGAAGAGGAAGCCCCCGAAAUCCAAUUUUUAAAAAAAUUCACCCCUUCUUCCCUAGACUGUAACAAACCCGGGCCGUGAUCCCGGGCCGUGAUUCCCCCCCCCCCCCCCCCCUUGGGUGCUUUCAGGCUUUGUCGCACCAAACAGUCGCCGCUUUGUUCACGAGCAGGAAGGAAGAAAACAAACAUCUCAAGGCCACUUUGCAUCCACCGCAGGUUAUUUUACUUUAUUUAAAUUUUAUUUCAUUUGAUUUGAUUUGAUUUUUCGCAAACCUUUCCUGCAGACCGGCGGAGAUUUUA